AUGGCAGCUCGGCCUCAGAGUCACAGCCGUGUGCUCUUCGCCCAGCUCCUUUUCUUGAGCGCAUGGACCUCCACAGCCAUCGUGCAGGCUUGCGCAGAACGCGAGUCUGGCGAGCACGGGCUGGAGCUGCUGCAGCAGCGGAUGAGCCUCCACUUUGAUGGUUCGCAACAGCAACUGGGGCGGACUGUGCCGAUGACAUGGAUCCACUUUCCAAAGGCUGGAAGUAGCUUCGUCAACGUUUUGAUCCACAUGCCCGGUUUUUGCCCUGCAGCUGGUCCAGAGCUGUCAGUUGAUGAAGAUCACUUUGGUUGCCGUUUCGCCACCAACUUCUACAAGGCAUGUCCAGAUCUAUGCGAUGCAGGACACAUGAGAUGCCAGGCUAGCCCACACGAGUGCGUUGGCAGCAGAUAUCCGGAACUGGAAGGUCACAUGGUCGGCUUGUUUCGGCAGCCUGAACAGCGAACCCUAUCCGCAUAUCAUGACGAUGCGCGCACAUGGAUGGUACUUGGAACCGACUGCACGCACCAGAACAACACAAAGCCACCAGUGCCCAUAUUUGCGCGAUAUUUCGCGGGAACCGUCGCCUAUCAGCUGGUUGGCGAUGGCCUUCCGAACUGGGAAGCAGGCGGGCAUUUCAUGCUCCCUGGAUUGGUGCACAUCCCGGAAAGGACGCCCAAGAUGGCCGAGGAGGCGAUGCGGCGACUGCGCGAUGGCUUUGCUUUCGUAGGCAUUACAGAGGAGUGGGACUUGUCAAUCUGCUUGUUCCAUUCUAUGUUCGGUGGUCAGUGCCGGGCAACGGACUUCCAGGACACUCGAAGCUCUGUCCCAGGCAAGAGCGCGGAUGAUCUUUAUGACACAGCACCAUUGGAAGGGUUUCAUGAUGAGAUCGACGGCAUGGUCUACCAGGAAGCCGUUCGAAUUUUCAGGAAAAAACUUCUUGAGUUCAAUGUUACCAUGGACUCGUGUGCCCACUGGAUGACCCUGCAGCGGUUUUGGAGGUUUCUGACGUUCCCGGCACGACGUUUGCCAGACGUCUACAUAGUUGGUGCAGCCAAGUCUGGAACAAGCGCACUGUACUCUUAUCUGAGCAUGCACCCUUCUGUCAAGAAGCCGUUCUUGAAGGAGAACCGAUUUCUGACGGGUAUGUGUGGGAGCCGCCUUUCAUGCUGGAGAUUUCGAUCCCUUUUUCCCACGUGGCUUGAGUGUCCGGCUGGGUGCCUUGCGUUUGACUCCGACGCCACCGCCUCGUUUCAGCCGGAGCUUGCAUCUGCUCUCUACAAGCAAGCGACGCCGAAUGCCAAGAUCAUCCUCUCAUGCCGAGAGCCGUGUGCGGCUGCCUUCUCACUUUACAAGAUGAGAAGACGCAUCAAAGGACGCGGAGAAUAUGGAAUGACCUUCCGGGACUUCUACAACCUGGAGUGUUCUUGGAAGGCAACUGGCCUGCUGAAUGAGGAGAUGCGCAUGGCGCAGGAGCUCGAUGCUGGUUGCUGCCCGCGCCUCCCAGACCGUUGGGGGGAGUGCGUUACAGCCUCACUGCUGCGUGGCUAUCAUUAUGCAGAGAUCCUGCAAGCCUUCCGCGCGCGAUUCGACUCACAUAACAUCCUGGUCAUCAGGUUCAAGGAUCUUGUGGAAGAUACAGAAGGAACGGUCCGCAGAAUCUUUGAGUUCUUGGGCUUGGAGAAAGAUGUUUAUCUUCCUGACCUCAAAAAGCUGAGCCUGGAGGAUGUGAUGGACUUUCAACUGGAAGAUGAGGGCCCUGGAGCCGUGCUGCCACCGGAAGACAAGGAGCUUCUUGAAGAGUACUUCAAGGUUCGCAACGAGCAGUUUGCUGCGAUGAUGGCAAAACCACUGACAGACCUGUGGUGA